UCUUUGACUCAUGAGCAUAUUGGAUACAAAUCGGUACUUUUCAUAGCACAGCAACAAUAAUCAAGCGUAUAACACUUAAUCGUUUGGUAUUUUUCAGAUUGCAACCAUGGGCCGCCGACCAGCUCGGUGCUAUAGGUACUGUAAAAACAAACCCUACCCAAAGUCACGCUUCUGUAGGGGUGUGCCUGAUCCCAAGAUCAGGAUCUUUGACUUGGGCAGGAAGAAGGCCAAGGUGGAUGAGUUCCCCCUGUGCGGCCAUAUGGUCUCCGAUGAGUACGAGCAGCUGUCCUCAGAAGCUCUGGAGGCUGCCCGUAUCUGUGCUAACAAGUACAUGGUGAAGACCUGCGGUAAAGAUGGAUUCCACAUCCGCAUGCGUCUGCAUCCUUUCCACGUCAUCCGCAUCAACAAAAUGUUGUCCUGUGCCGGAGCUGAUAGGCUCCAGACAGGAAUGCGUGGUGCUUUUGGUAAGCCCCAGGGUACUGUGGCCCGUGUGCACAUCGGUCAGGUGAUCAUGUCUGUGCGCACCAAGGCCCAGAACAAGGAGCAUGUGGUUGAAGCCCUGCGCAGAGCCAAGUUCAAGUUCCCUGGCCGCCAGAAGAUCCAUAUCUCCAAGAAGUAUGGCUUCACCAAGUUUAAUGCCUGCGACUUUGACGACAUGAUGGCUGAGAAGCGUGUUAUUCCUGAUGGCUGUGGGGUGAAGUACAUCCCCAGUAAAGGACCUCUGUCCGGCUGGAAGGCCCUCUAUACCAAUUAGAGUGUCUGUAGCCUCUCAUUGACUACAACCAAUAAAAAUGGCUUUCAAUAUA